AUGACUGAUGUUCCAUCGUCAGCAGAAAGACUGUUGGGAGACUACGGAGGUGCAAAUGCACAAACCGACAGAUUAACUAUUGUCAACCAACUAGUGAACGUGGCUAAUUUCCAGCUACACCCGAGCACCAUUAAUCAACUUGAAAGAAAGUAUUUUAUGGGAAAAGUGAAUGAAGAUGCAAACAAGCAUUUGCAGAGGUUUUUGGCCAUGAGCAACACUCUAAAAAUUGAUGGUCACACUGAAGAAGCCAAGAAGUUUAGAAUGUUCCCCAUCGGUGUUUCUGUGGAAGAGACCAAACAGUUGAUUGAUACUGCAGCCGGUGGUUCCAUAAAUUUUUCAACAGCCACUGGUUUUAAGAAGAUCAUUGAAGCUAUUGCUUCAAAUGAGCACAUAGAGUUGUACGAUAGGUGUCAAAGCAAACCAGAAGGGGUGAUAGAUUUAAAGCUGGAAACUAUGAAAAGUCGUAUUGAAGAUAUUAUAGCUACUGAAGUUGAGAAAAAGCUGAAGGCGAUGAAUAUAGGUACCCGACAGGUGGCACAGAAGAAUCAUCCCAACUUCUCCUGGAAAGACCAAAAAGCGACCACCCCUCAACAUGGUCAGUACCAAACUCAAUAUCAACAACAUCAGCAACAACAGAUACCUAAGAAAGCUGAGUGGGAGAUUACCAUUGAAUUCCAGAUGGGUCAAAUCGCUCAACAAAUAGCAUCAAGUUCUCAAGCACAAGGUGUUCUACCUAGUGCAACUGUGCCCAAUCCUAGAGAGCAUCAUAAUGUGAACGCUGUGACAACACGAAGUGGUAAAUCUGAGGAAGUUGUUGAGGAAGUAGAUGAAGAGGAAGACCAAUUGAUCGAAGUGGGCCUUGAGAUCAAAGAAAAUGAAGUUGUUAGAGAAGAAGUGGUAGCAACGAAACUGGUUGUGAAAGAAACAGUCAUUGAGCUCAAGCCGGUUGUUAAGCUCCCACUCCCCACGAGAAACAAGAAAAAAGGACAACAUGAGAAAAAUUUCGAAAAAUUAUUAGAGUUGUUCAAGAAGCUAGAGAUUAACAUUCCUUUGUUGAAGGCACUUGAAGAAAUGCCUACUUAUGCCAAGUUCAUCAUUUCGAAGAAGCGUACCACCAACACUAACCCGAUUAUUCUAACCGAAACUUGUAGUGCUAUUUUGCAGGGUAUAAAGAUUCGGAUAAAGAAGGAAGAUCGAGGAGUUGUCACCAUCCCAUGUACUAUUGGAGAUAGGUCGUUCAACAAAGCUCUUAUUGAUAUGGGAGCUAGUGUGAGUCUCAUGCCAUUAUCCAUUUACAAGAAGCUUGGUAUAGGGGUGGUGCAAGAUACCAGGAUGACGCUCCAAUUUGCGGAUCAUUCGGUCAAGAAACCGUAUGAGAUGCCGGAAGAUGAAGAGAUCCCUCUCAUUCUUGGUAGACCCUUUUUGGAGACGGGAAGAUGUGUAAUCAACAUAGAAGAAGGAACCAUGACGUUGAAGGUUUAUGAUGAGGAAGUGAAAAUCAAUGUUCGAAACACCAUGAAAGACAAAGACGAUAUUUGCACCAGUCACACUGUAGAGGUUUUGAAUCAGGCAAUGAUAUAUGAUGGCCCUUUGAAUACACCACCAUCACCUUUGAAAAGAGUGUUGAGCUUGUCCAAGUCCGACAGUGAUAAAGAACAGGACAACGGGGACCCCUAA